UUUAUUCUUUUAUUCUUUUAUUCUUCCCGUCUUCUUUGCAUAAUAAUCAUGAGAUGAAUUAUCAUCUAAUGAAUAAAUAUCAUAAUAAUCAUGAGGAUCCGCCAGUGGCAAGGUCAAGGUUGGGCAACUGCUUGUCCAAGCCAGACAGAUCGAAGCAAGAAUCGGAUGAUCAAUGAGAAAAGAACGAACCGGCCGAACAAUUAUACACUGGUUUCUUUGUUAACUCUGGUGUGUGCGCCUAACCGUGCAUUUCCCCAGAAGAAGUGUUUGCUUUUCUUUUUUUUUUUUUCCCUUUUUCUUUUUCCUUUCCUUGGGCAACCAGGGAGGUUACCUAGUAGGUCCAAGGCCAAGUGGGUCAGGUCCAAUCCCAAGCACAGGAAGAAUGCGACGGGUCUCAUAGGUAGGUUGGAAAGAGAAGCAGGCGUUGUCAGUGGAGACCAGGCUGGAUCUGCAAGGAUGCCAAGAGAGGUCAAGGCUGUGCAGGAUCCACUCCGUAGGCAGAGGAGUAGCAUGUCCGAUGAAGAAAUACGAGAACCAUCCUCCUGGGUAUGCAGAGAACAAAGAAAGAAGAAUAAUAAUGAGGAGACUAAUAAGGAGAAGAAUGAUAAAAUACGAGGUGCAUCAUACGUAAUUUGUUACGAUGGAUGGCGUGGUUUCCCCCCUGUCGACACAUACGAUUCCCCAUUUUUAUCUGCAAGGGCUGCAGUAGUCGGUGGAUAUCAUAUCAUCUCAUAUCAUAUCAUGAUCAGGAUCAGGGCGUAGAGAUUCAUCAUCAACCUGUUUCCGGAUGAUUUGUCAAAGGAAUAAAUCAUCAUCAUAAUAAAAAGAUUAAGUGGGGAUUCC